CUGUCAGCAGCAGCAGCAGCAGCAGCUUCAUCCUCAGCCUCUGUCCAGGAUUCCUGCGUGUAUAUCGCCCGGGACGCGCGCUUCUACCUGUUUCUACUGAACUGGAUAUUGCUGCCACUUUACUUCGGACUUGUGUUGUAUUUUAUUUAUUUAUUUUUUUACCUUUUUUUUUGAAGAAAGAAGCGAGCUGUUGUGUAAUAAACUGAACUCCAGACCUGAGGGGAAGACUCAUCACUGAACUUUGAAGACUUUCAGCUCUGGCUACAUCCCAGUGACUUCACGCUUUUGCUUGCGAUUUUACAGUUUCCAGCCAUUUCUCUGGGGAAAGUGAUCACACGAGGAGAAGACAACCAUGUUCAGCAAGUGCUCCGUUGUCUUAUUGAAUGUCCUCUUUCUGGUGCGGGCGCUCUCGGCGCACGAGUGCACGCCGUGCAAUCUGCGCUCUUGCCCGGUCAAAGGCGCGCACGGCUGCGAGGGUGGCCGGACCCUGGCGAAGGAUCCGUGCGGAUGCUGUGACCGCUGCGCCCGCCUGGAAUGGGAGACCUGCGGCGGACAGGACUGGACUCACGGCUACUGCGCCCUGGGGCUGACGUGUGCCUCCGUCAACAAGACCGGAGCUGCCACAAUUCCUGAGAUUGGAGUAUGCAAAGUGCUCCCCGGCCAUCCGGAGGCAGGCCUCGAGGAUGAGCGCUGUCCCCUGAUGACAGGCUGCGACAGAGCCGGAGAGGAGUGUGUGUGUGACGCCCGUCACUCCUGUCUGGGCUCUUUCACUUACGCGGACCAAGAAACCUGCACGAAAGCCAUCAAGUCAGAGGGUCGGCGGCACGAGCACCGGGAGAAACACAGGGAGAAGUAUGUGGGACCGUCCAACCCAGCCUGCAUGUUUUCAGGCUGUAACCUGACCACCGAGGGCUGUGUGUGCGAGUCUCAGAGCUGCCAUCACCACUUCGCCUACAUCAACCGCAGCCAGUGCCAGGAAGCCGCAGAGGAGCUGAGGUGCGCCACUGUGACGUGUCCUGCUGUGGAGGUGCCCUCCUGCCCUCACGGCUCAGUGCUGACCAAGAGUUACACGCCCCCUGCUGGUUGCUGCCCUUCCAUACCUCCCCAGUGCACCUGCGACCUCCACGCCUGCCUCAAGCCCCAGUGCCCGAGCGGACAGCGAGCCGUGCUGCUCACCCAGGCGAGCGGUCAGCCAGGAGACUGCUGUGACACCUUUGAGUGCCAGAAAGUCUCUCCCAAGUGCAUCCACAACGGGAAGGAGUUCUCAGAGGGAGAGGUGUACCGCAUGGACCCCUGCUGGCUGUGUCAGUGCCGAGGAGGAAUCUCCUUCUGCUCCAAAGCGGAGUGCGCCGAGCUGGACUGCGAAAACUUCUACGUUCCCGAGGGAGAGUGUUGCCCCGUCUGCAUAGAUGUGGAGUUACUGUCGAUGGACAGCACAAAGGCCAGUUGCUGGGUGAAUAACAAGCUGCGAGCACACGAGGAGCAGUGGAAAGAGGACGACUGCACCUUCUGCCAGUGUGUGGAUGGAGAUCCGCACUGCACGGCCAUGGCCUGCAAACAGAGCUGCCAGAACCCUGUCAAGAUCCCAGGGGAGUGCUGCCCUUUCUGUGAAGAGCCUUCUUAUGAAACCGUUAGCCCCAUGCUGUGUCCGCCUCUGGAGAACUGCUCCCUGUCAGGGAAUGAGUGCCCGUACGGCUUUGAGCAAGACAAAAAUGGAUGUCUCCUCUGCCAGUGUCUCAGCAAUGACUCCUGCCCUGAACUGGGGAAAUACUGCUCCCUGCAAUGCCCGAUGGGAUAUGAGAGGGAUGAUUUUGGCUGCGAGGUGUGCGAGUGCAGCAUCCCUAUGCCGAGGUGUAAACCUCUGACCUGCACAAAGACCUGCCCCUAUGGAUACGUGAGGAACAAGCACGGCUGUGAGAUGUGCCGAUGUGUCAAGUGUCCUCCGUUUACCUGUGACAAGCACUGCAGUGACGGCUAUCGACAGAACCGGAAGGGCUGCUCCAUCUGCAUGUGUAAAGAAAGCGGCCAAAUCCCAAGCACAACUGCCUCAGCACCUUUGCCCAACUACUGCCUCACCUCCAACGGGCACCGCUACGACGAGGGCGACAGCUGGCACGACGGCUGCCGCGACUGCUACUGUCACUCCGGACGGGAGAUGUGCGUCCUCAUUUCCUGUCCUGUUCCCGGCUGUUCUCAUCCGGUCGUCAAGCCCGACCAGUGCUGUCCCACCUGUGAGGAUGAGUCAGGCAGCGGUCAGCCAGAGGGGAUGGACAUGGUGGUGUGCAGAGCACCCGGGGGGGAGUUUUAUGUGGAGGGGGAGACCUGGAACCUGGACGAGUGCACACGCUGCACCUGCAGGAAGGGCCGUGUCUUGUGCGACACAGAAGUGUGUCCCCCGGCCCUCUGCCAGACGCCUACCAGGAUCAAGGACACCUGUUGCCACGUAUGCCCAGAUGAGACGCUGAGCCCGUUGCUGCCAGUCAACAACAGCCAGCAGGAGUACUGCAUAACCAGUGAUGGAGACGUGCUGCUGGCUGGAGAUUCCUGGAAGGCGAACGCCUGCACCAGCUGCACCUGCAACAACGGAACCAUUCAGUGUUUCUCACAGCGCUGUCCGGCCGCCAACUGCAGGGUGCCCGUCUUACGCAAGGGCCAGUGCUGCCCACACUGUCUCGAAAUUACAACGUCAGUGCCAGUGAUGGUGUCCACUAGUGUGCGCAAAGCAACGGUUGCUGCUACGACGGAGAGUGCGGCGUCGAUCACCACCGUCUCUGUACCGCACAUCAUCGCCGAUACAGAUGAACCAGCUUUGGGUGAGAAUUACCCCAGCCGAACAGAAUUGGCCCUCAUCUAUCAGUCUGCUGCAUGGAUCCUGGCCGGUCUCCUACUCGCCGUCAUCAUCUUCCUCAUCGUGGCGUUACUCAUCAACAAGAAAAAGAAGUGGGUGCAGAUGUCCUGCUACAGCGCACCAAAGAAGACAGUUAUCCUACAGAAGCAUGUGAACAAGAACUCCGUGGUCUACAUGGAGCCUUCCAAAGAGAACAAAUUUCAGAAUGUGAGGAACGACUGCGGCAUCAUUCACUUCUCUCCAGAAAUGGGCUCCCCCUGUGCGGACAAGAUGACCAUCCCCAGGGCCAAACUGAGCGUGGGUAACAACUGGACGUCGCGCUAAAGCACGCACCACUCAGACUCUGCGGAUCAGAGCAUGUCCGGCUACUCCCUCUCUCUUACUGCUGUAUCCAAGAAGGCGAUUAACGUUAACUGUGCACACCUCAGGCGCCACCAUAUUUCCACCCCCCCUUUUUUUUCCUGUGCAACAGUAAAAGCAAGGAUGCACUUCAAGAGACAAAGCAAGUGACCUUAGGUUUCUUUUUUUAAAAUCAUGUGCCCAUAGUUUUCUGUGUUUGGACAUUUGGGCGGAGUGAGAUGCUGGGAAGUGGUCAGACGUGUGGACGUGUAAAGGACACAGCCGCUCUGUGAUCUGCUUUUAAACAGAGAACAGGGCAGCCAGUGAGACUUUGACUGUGAACAUUGUAAUAUUGUUUCUUAUCUUUGCCUCCUUGGAAACUGGAACUUUGAGGCAGUAAGAGGAGCACAAAAAAGCUUUAGCAUGGGGGUUUGAGCUGUAGUGUAAAGGGGACACUCCACCUGAGUGCUGCAGUGUUCCGUGGAUGUAAUCAUUAUCAUCAGCAGGGAGGCCAAAGGAACUGAUAAUCCAUUUGGACCAAAUUGAGUCCAGCAGCCAAAUCAAAUCAACAGGCUUUAUAGAUCCCAGAUCCAAACCCCUGCUUUAGAAUGUGUGGUUUUCAUCCUAGUUUUUGUAUAUUUCUACAGUAUUGUACUAGUUCUAAUGCUAUUCUUGGCCACCUUUCAUUUUUAUCAUGGGGCCAGAUUAAAACAUGAUAUAAAUACCCAUCUAAACAUUCCCCCCCACACCAGGUUCAAGGAGGACAUGCUUCCCAUAUAAAAAUGUUGUUUCUCAUGUCAAAUGAACAAAGUCAUUCAUUCCAUUCAGAAAAAAAACCCAACAACAAACCACAACUGUACAAUGAGGAAUAUGAGGAAUAUGGGAAUGUGAGCUCUAAUCUGCAACACAAUAGCCCUUAAUAUAAAUAUUUCCACUCAGUCUCCUCAGGAUGGCAUCGGCCCAUCACUUGUACUUAGUUGUCAGAAAUCACAGUAGUUUAAGUCUAAGUGAUACUCAUCCAGGAAGAAUGUUGUGUUUAUUAACUGCAGAGCAGACAAAAUUGUACCAGAUGCCUCAUGUGGACCUGUGAGGACCGACUUUGAUAUCCUGCCUCGCAGCGCAACUUCAUUCACAGCUCUGCAUGACUGUAAGUGUGUGUGUGUGUGUGUGUGUGUGGAGCUACUGUUCACUGUAUGUCCGUGACGUUCGGAAGGAUUCCUUUUACCGCCUUAAUUCUAUAGCCUUAAUGCAUUUCAUGUUUAGCGCAUAUUAAAAGUUAAAGUAAUUUAUUCUGCCCUUAUCAAGAUGAACAGUUUGUGGUGUACAGCUCUUCACGAGAGCUCAAGGGGAGCCCGUUUGUACCUGUGCAGGAUGGUACACAUUACAGCAUAGCACUUUUCUUUGGAGCCAGUGUUUUUUUGUUGUUUUUGUUUUUUUAAAGGAAGCCCACUGCAGGAUUCCUAGAGGGAUAAAGGCCCCGAAUCGGGGAUUUGAUAGGCCUAAGCACACUGUGUAAACCACUCAAGUGAACACGCUGUUUUGAAGCUAGAGGCUCCGCACCAAUCUGAUCACUACAGGAGAAAGAGGAUGGAAUCUGAGACACAUUACGAGAACGGGCUUAGGUUUCAUAGGAACAAAAAAAAUCUGUUUGGAAAAAGAGUUCUCGAUCCGUUGCCAAUUUGCUCGAUACAAAGAAAACUCUUGAUGCCAAAUUUGGUUGGAGACCAAUUAAGUGUGAAGUGUUUCAGUGACGGUUGAUCUAUCUGUGUGAACCGUGACCAUGUGCUUUAAAAUGAAGAGGUGACUGUAAAAGCUUACGCAAAUUCUUUGUUCUUCUAUGUGUAAAAGAAAAAAAAACUGUAGUCUAAAUUAGCAGGACAGAAGAGUACCUUAUUUAUUUUUUCACAUAGCUUUAUUUAUUAAUACUAAACUAUAGUUUGAGAUUUUUUUUUGUUUUUCUCCCCUCUUUGAAAAAUGAACGUUUGGUAGCUAAAGCUGCUAUACGUCGUAGACCAUUUACCAUUUGUAUCUGUUAUAUUCUACACAGCCUUAUUUAUUUCACUGUUGCAGACCUUGUAAAUAUGUUUUCUAGACGACGAACUGUAACAUUUACACUUAUUUUGAAAAAUAAAUGUGUGAACCAAA